GUCAUUUCACGUCAUUUUGACUUCUUCGGACGUCGAAUGAACAGUGACUUGACAUUUGUUUGUAAAUCAAUACGCAAUAUUUAUUACGAAGUGAAAUUAUCGGGUAGUUGAUAUUCAUUUACAGUUACGGAACAAAGCAAGCAGAAUUCUUUCUAGAAUUGUAUGUCACAACCGUCUGCAAUGACGAACACGCUGUGUGUUUGUCUUUUAAUUACAAUCUUUUGCUGUACAAAUUUGUCGUUAGCUCGACAAGUACCAAAAGAAUGUUCUAAAGGACCGAGCUAUUGGUGUCAAAAUCUCAAGAGUGGGGCUGAAUGCGGAGCCGUCGGACACUGCAUUGGCACUGUAUGGGAGAAACAAAAAGUGGAAGUAAGCAGGAAUGAUGUGUCAGAUAAAUUUGUUAGACUGUUCCGGCAAUUGAAGGACAUUAAGGAUCUCAUCAAUGAGGAAUAUUUAGGCACUCGCGUCAGCUCCGAAUGCCACGAUGUACCUUACCCAGAAGUGGCGAAGAUCUGCAAGGAGAACACGGCGGAACUGCAGCAGUAUCUGUACCACGUGCUCGUUUCAGACACAUCUGCUGAGGCGAUGUGCCAGGUCAUCGGUAUGUGCAAUAAUGGCAAACUCGACAACUUUGUCUCCCUCAAGAAAAAGAAGUCUACUGAACCUAGUAAAAAUGAAAAGCAUAAAGUUCACCUUGUGGGAGCGAAUCGGUGUACUUGGGGACCCUCAUACUGGUGCAGUAACUUCAGUACUGGACGAGAAUGCAGCGCCACAAAGCAUUGCGUGGACGCCGUGUGGACAAAACAGCGAUACCCUGAAGAUAAUGACAGUGUGUGCAAGAUAUGCACAGACAUGGUGCAGCAAGCGCGCGACCAAUUAGAAAGCAACCAAACUCAGGAAGAGCUGAAAGAAGUAUUCGAAGGUUCCUGUAAGUUGAUGCCCAUCAAAAUAGUGGCCAAAGAAUGUAUGAAGCUCUCUGAUGACUUUGUGCCCGAGCUGGUGGAGACGCUGGCCUCUCAAAUGAACCCACAGGCCGUGUGUUCUGUCGCUGGACUCUGCAACAGCGCUAGAAUCGAUCGACUAUUGGAAGCCCACGAAAAGAAAAAAGAAUCAAAGAAGUUGGAUACACAUAAAGUUCACCUUGUGGGCGCUUCUCAUUGCACCUGGGGUCCAUCAUAUUGGUGCAGUAAUUUCAGUACUGGUCGAGAAUGCUCAGCGACGAAGCAUUGCGUGGAACGAGUAUGGUCUAAGAUGGACUUCCCUCAAGAUAAUGACAACAUCUGCCAGAUUUGCACCGAUAUGGUGAAGCAGGCUCGUGAUCAAUUGGAGAGCAACGAAACCCAGGAGGAACUCAAAGAAGUAUUCGAGGGGUCGUGCAAGUUGAUACCGAUCAAGGUGGUGAAAAAAGAGUGCAUCAAACUAGCUGAUGACUUCGUGCCCGAGCUGGUGGAGACGCUCGCUUCACAGAUGAAUCCGCAAGCUGUUUGCUCUGUAGCUGGACUCUGUAAUAAUGCGAGGAUCGAUCAACUACUUGACGCUUAUGGAGCGCAAUUAUCGAAGGUAGUUAGCUGCAGUAGUUGCCGACAGACUGUAGGCGUUGCCAGAAAGAAGUUUGAUGCUAGCUCGUACGAAGAUUUCCUAGUUAGUCUGUUGCAAGUGUGCGGCAAAUUAUCCUCAUUCUCUGACUCGUGUUCCAUGCUAGUGUUCAAGUAUUACGAGAACAUUCUGGCCGCUCUCCGUAAAGAUUUGACGCCGCAAAGCGUCUGUCAUCUCAGCGGACAGUGUACAUACAAAUACCAUAUGCACGAUAACUUCGAUUUCCCCGAGUGGGCGUUACAAGAUAAAGCCAAAGAUGACGUACCAUGCGAGUUUUGCGAGCAACUAAUCAAACACAUGCGCGAUACCCUCGUCGCUAACACCACUGAACUUGAAUUCUACAAAGUUCUCAAAGGUCUCUGCAAGCAAACCGGGGAGUUCAAAGAUGAGUGCCUCCAUCUAGCGGAUCAAUACUACCCUAUAAUCUAUAAAUACCUCGUGGCGGAUUUGCAGCCGGAAAUGAUAUGUAACAUGAUGGGCUUGUGCGGGAAAAACAUUACCGACAGUCCAAUAGCACCUUUACUACCGAAAGAACUAGUCGUCAAAGCUGUCACUAUGAAGGAUAGCUCAAAGAAAUCUGAACUAAUCGGUACUGAUGAAGCUAAGAGCUAUACUAAAAAGACAAAUGUUCGCAUUAUGGGUGAUGAAUCCGAACCUCUGCCGCCGCUCACCAUCGACCGAAUGUUCGUCAGGUUACCAGAGAACAAGGCCGGCUGCGCCUUCUGUCAAUAUUUCCUGCACUAUCUGCAAGUGGAGCUCAGCGAUACCAAAACUGAGGAUGCGAUAAGGGAUGCAGUGGAGAAGGCAUGCGAUCGUCUACCGAAUUCCAUCAACGGUGAAUGUCAUCAGUUCGUUGACCAGUACGGACCGGCAGUCAUAGCCCUACUAGUUCAAGAAAUUGACCCAGCUAGCAUUUGCCCUGCCCUGGGAUUGUGCCCUCAAGUGACUGAAGUCCGUCAUGUCGCCAUCAACUCGGGCAAAUCUAACUGUGCCCUGUGUUUAUUCGCUGUUGAACAACUCGUCACCAUGCUCAAAGAUAAUCGUACUGAGACAAGUAUCCGCCACGCUCUUGGCAACCUCUGCACCCAUUUAUCUGGUAAAAUGAAGAAUGAAUGCGUCGAUUUUGUGGACACAUAUACUGAGCAAUUAGUCGAGAUGCUGGUAGCAAACCUCAACGCUCAAGAAGUCUGCGUUUACCUUAAACUAUGUGCCGGUGAUGGCACUGAUCCAAUGAAGGUAACAACAGCUUCGGGAAUCGACAAAUACCACGAGAAACCGGCGCUAAGAGGUGACAGGAAUAAUUUCAAGCAUAGAUCAAUGUUGCCUACUCAUAUGUUGGAAAAUGGCGGCGAUAUCGAAACAAACGAGAUACCUGACGACACUGUGAACGGGCACGCAGUGAAGCCGCAAGUAUCACAGAAGACCGUUUGCGUUCUCUGCGAGUUCGUUAUGAAGGAGAUCGACGACCAAAUCAAAGACAAACACAAUCAGGAUGAAAUUAAGCAGAUUGUACACAGUGUAUGCAAACGCAUGCCCAAAGCGGUCCGCGCUGACUGCGAUCAGUUCGUAGAAAAGUACUCUGAUCUGGUGAUUAGUCUUUUAGAACAAGAGUUGGAGCCCGAAGAAGUGUGCGAGGAACUCAAAUUGUGUGAUUCGAAGGGACAAACAGCCUACCAGGACGCUAGAGAACAAAUAUUGGACUGCGCUGUUUGCGAGACGGUUGUGAUGGCUGUAAAAAAAGUAUUGAGCAACGAUAAAGUGGACCACAAUAUCGUGCACGUCAUUGAGAAAUCCUGUGGACUUUUGCCCGCCAAAUAUAACGCAAGGUGUCACACGUUGAUGGAGAUAUAUGGUGACAGCGUGAUCCACCUGGUGGAGGAACUGGGCACUAAGGGCGUGUGCCAGAAGAUCGGCCUCUGCGCACCCGGCGCCGCCGUACUGCGCAUGCGCGACCGCGGCCACUGACGCGCGAGCUUUGCCGUAAACGCAGCGACUUUUCAAGAUUUUAUCCGAUAUUUAAGUAAUCUCCUUUUACUAUUAUAACACGUAAGUCUUGAUUUUUAACCAAAUCAGUUUAGGAUUAAGUUGUUGUCUUAAGACAGAAAUUAUUGAGACUAUUUCGCGUCAUGUAUUAUGUUUUUGUAUUGUUUAACUAUUACAAAAAUUGUGCUUAUUUGUACUUACAUUUAUGGCGAGUAGUCACUAUAAUGCGUUUCCUUUGUCACUAUAAUAUUUUGCUCAUUUAAAACAAUCUAAUGUUAAUAAAUAAUUAGCCACAGAUCAUUGUAGUUAACAGUUUUAAUACUAAUGGAAUAGUUAACGUUCGCUAGCCUGUGAUAAGUCAUUUGUAAACUGUUUCUAUAAAAUAAAGUUUUCAAAU